GCCUUUUAUAACCAGGUACGUAACCAAGAGUGCAUAAUUGUACUCCACAAAACGGAAAAGAAUAUACGGUUAAGGAGGGAAAAAAUUGUGUAGAUUAUGAAGAUUAAGUACAAUUGUGUCAAAUACUCUUUUCUGGUCUGAUCUAAAUAUGUAUGAUAUAUUGAAGCAAUAUUUCGUCGAUUCAUCCAAGUAACGAAUUUGUCUGCACCUUAGAAAUGUGUAAGUCCUAUUACUCAUUAGUAUUAUAUAUGAUUAAUCGGUAAAAGGAAAGAUUGCAGUCAUUCCCCCGUGGUUUGAUGUGGUCUAAUGGCUAGGCACACGGUCUGGCAUCCAGGAGGGCAGAGGUUCGAGUGCGUGUGGGGCUAGCGUUUCCGUUCACCAAAACCCCCUUCAAUACGAUGUUUGUUGGCCAUAUGUUGCUCAGAUAUGAGAGAAAGAUAACAGGAGGACAGAUUGAUAUGUCAAAGUGCCAUAUUGGAACAGUACAAGUUCUUUGUUUGUAUUAAUAAUAAUACUAUAGAAAAAACGGCGAGACUCUAAUUUAAGGACGACCUUUGAACGAAUCUUAAGUGACCUUGACAAUUAUUAGCCAAUCAGAAGAAAGUUAGUACAAAGUGAAAAUAUAUUAUAUGAAAGUAAUGAAUCACGCGCGCUAUUUAAAAAGGACAGUGGUAUUUUUCCUCGCUGAGUAAAUUUCAUUGUUUUGAUCGUUUACUACGUAUCAAGACUACUGUUUUUCACUUUAAUUGAAUUUAUUUCAGUUAAAGUAUUCGACUAAAGUAUCGUUUUUACUGUUUUUGUCGUUGGUACUCUUUAGUACCUCUUUUUCAACUGUAUCUGUUAGUACCUUUGGUUUAGCAAUCUACAGCUCUUCACUUUUUUUGGUCAUUGAUAAUUUUUUUGUUUCUGGGUAUCAUCGCAUAUUGAAAAAACCCCUCCUAAAUGACCGGACAGUGUAAAAAAAGCAGUUGCCAACGUCCGGGUUGUCGUUAUCCUGUUGAAAGCGGCAUGCAGUGCGACGAGUGCAAAGGCUGGUACCACGAAGUUUGCACGAACUUAACGCCUGCUGCUUUCAAACGGUUCAGUAAGAAGGGUUGUGUGUGGCUUUGUCAACAGUGUUGCUCGGAUGCAAACGGCUUGUUAACCGAGGCCAUCUCACCGGUUGAUGCUGCAAAGAAGUGUUUCAAAAAGCAUAGUCGGAACGCGUCAAACAGCACUCGAUCUGUUGACACGCAAAUCAAUGUGAAGGAAACUAAGGUGAGUCCGGUGAUAGAUGACUCACGCCCGUCAAAGAAGGAAAAGCAGUCUUCAAAGGGGCCUGCCUUAAAAAAAAGCUCAAGAAAAGUAGGGUCUUCUGUUCCCCGUCUCCCAGAUGGGAUCCAACAGGAAACACCUAGGAGCCGCAAUCGCAAGGCUCGAUCGGUUUCAAAUGGUAAACAUAACACGACCCCUCAGGUCGUCGACAACCCCCCAAAACCCAACACUAGGUUUGACGCAACUGCUAUUGCUUCUACCAGCAGCGUUGACGAAUGGGUAAAGGUUGUAAGAAAGAAAAGUAUUGAUAUAAAGGGAAACCUGCCCCCGUAAAAGUGGUUGAAAAAUCGAAAACUGAUCAUAGCGACAGGUCAGCUAUUUUCAUAGAAUUAAGGAGAGCGAUAGCUCUGAACCUAAAGCUCGUUUUGAGCAUGACAUUGUACUGAUUAGGCAGCUGCUUAAUCAACUCAUGCCUCAAAAUAUGACUGGGGUCACCUUGCUAAAGGUGUAUAGACUAGGGAGUCUAACGGACUCGAAACCAAAUCAUUCCAGACUGCUCAAAGUAGUAUUCGGCUCUUCAAACGAACGUGACCUAAUUUUACAAAAUGGACACAAAUUAAAGGGUACAGGAGUCUUUAUCCGAAAGGACCUACCGUUGGCAGACCGUGUUAAAAGACGGGAAGCCGAGAAAGAACUACAACAUAGGUUAGACGCUGGCGAAAAGGACCUGAAAAUUGUAAAUUUUCGGGUCGUAAGACUUCGACAGAGAAUGAUGCCGAAGCCGCUCUGGGUGAAGCACGAAGGCACUUAAACAGGCUUCGGAUCUGUUACACCAAUGCACGAAGCUUACUUAAUAAGCGAUCGGAACUAGGUGUGCAGAUUGACUCUAUAAAGCCAGAUAUAAUCGCAGUAACAGAAACCUGGCUGACACAGGCUAUAGAUAGUAUAGAACUUGAUUUCGAGGGCUUUACGUUAGUAAGGGCCGACAGAACACAAAAGCGCAAAGGAGGGGAGUAGCUCUAUUCAUUAGGAAUGCUAUCCCAUUUACCAUUAUCGAUAGUGUAUCCCAUGAGAGUGGGACGUGUGAAUUAGUUAGUCUUCGCUUAAAAUGCAAGGGACAAGAGCUGCUGAUUGGUUUGGUCUAUCGCAGUCCAAGCUGUGAGGCAAAUGAGAUCCUGUUAAGCAGUCUCAAUACUUGGUCCCAAAGUGGUCGAUGUCUAAUCCUAGGGGACUUUAAUGCACCUAUGGUAGACUGGGAAAAUCUGCGAACUGAAUCGUCAGAAAAUUCCUUCGAGCAGGAACUAGUUGAUGCGGUUAUCACAUGUGCCCUAGUGCAACAUGUGAAAGAAGCGACUAGGUACGACCCGGACACUGAAUCAUCCUUAUUAGAUCUUAUACUGACUCACUAUGAGGAUGAUGUUGCGAACCUCCACCAUAUGCCACCCUUAGGUAAAAGUGACCACGCAGUUUUAACUUUCGACUUCCAUAUAACUGCCAGUCAUGAGGACGCGUCAGUCCAGUCCAGACCCAACGUCUGGAAAGCAAACAUACCAGACAUCAUGCACUCAGCAUCGUUAAUAGAUUGGACAAUAGACCCAGAGUCCUCCAUUGAAACGGCCUGGGACGCAUUUCGAAAAUCAUACUUAAAAGUUACCACACCUCACAUCCCUUGGACUAUACCAAAGGGGCCGAAAAACUCACGACCAUGGUUCAGUAGGGAGGUCCGUAUCCUUCUCCGUAAGAAAAGGAAAACGUGGGAUAGAUUUAGGUUACUGGGGACUGAUGAGUCAAAAUCUCAGUAUCGAAAGGCUCGGAACACUUGUGCCUCGACCCUCCGUAAGUCUAGAAAAUUGUACGAAGAAAAACUUGUUAAGGAAUCCAUAGAAUGUCCUAAACGCUUGUAUUCCUAUAUAAACCAAAGGACAAGGAGAAAAGGAAAUAUUCCUGCUCUAUGGGGAGACAGUACUGCUUCAUCAUUAGUGGAGGACGACUUUGGUAAGGCUCAAGCGUUCUCGAACUACUUUAGCAACGUGUAUACCAUAGAAGCACCCUUCUCGUCAGCGUAUACAGAUCCCCCCAUACAUACACUGGAUAGCGUGACCAUUAAAGAACUCGAUGUCUUUGGUCUGCUAAAUAAGCUUGACAUAGGUAAAUCCACGGGGCCCGAUGAAUUACAUCCUAGGCUACUGAAGGAAUUAUCUAACUUCGUUGCGAACCCUUUAAGUACAUGCUUUAACCUAUCCGUUACGCAGGGUCGCUUACCGAAAGAUUGGAAAAACGCCAUAGUAAGUCCUGUCUUCAAAACAGGCACGAAACACAAACCUGAGAACUACCGCCCCGUUAGCCUAACUAGUGUGGUUGUUAAAAUCUUAGAAAAGAUUAUUCGGAAGGAGCUGUUUAAGUAUCUCGAUAAAAACCGGAUCCUCUCGGAGAAGCAGCAUGGCUUCAGAAUAGGUUAUUCUUGUCUCACUAACUUAUUAGUGGCUCGUGAAAGCUGGUGUGCUCUUAAGGACCAAAAGCUACCUGUAGACGUCGCCUUCAUUGAUUUCAGUAAAGCUUUUGAUAAAGUUCCGCACAACCGGCUGUUAUAUAAGUUAAGACAUAUCGGGAUUGGAGGUAAUUUAUUGAUGUGGAUAAAAGACUUCUUAGUUGGGCGUCAACAAAGAGUAAGGGUGAACUCAAAGUUAUCUAGCUGGGAAACUGUGCUUAGUGGAGUGCCCCAGGGUACAGUUUUGGGGCCAGUGCUAUCCCUCUUAUAUGUAAAUGACCUUCCUUGUCUCCUAUCAUCAUCGGUCUUGCUAUAUGCUGACGAUGUCAAGAUAUGGAGAACGAUACGAUGUAAGAGUGAUAGCUUAGAACUUCAAAAUGACCUGAAGAAGUUAUCUGAAUGGUCUCAAACAUGGCAGUUGCCGAUAAAUACUUCCAAGUGUGUUGUGAUGCAUAUCGGUCAUCAAGGCACAGAUACAUAUACGAUGAAUAACACUGAGCUACCUGUCGUCCAGACAUAUAAUGACUUAGGAGUUAUCGUUAGUCAAGACUUAAAGACUACUGCACACUGCCGUGCAAUAGCCGCCAAAAGUUUUAGAACGUUAUGGUCAAUACGUAGGGCUUUUAGUUAUGUCGACACUAAGACGUUUUUGACUUUGUAUACAGUGUUCGUGCGUCCUAAACUUGAGUACUGCAUACAGGCGGCUAGCCCCUGCUUUAAAAAAGAUAGUGAGCUUCUGGAAAAGGUUCAAAGAACGGCGACUAAGCUGGUUCCCGCAAUAGCGAAGCUUCCGUAUGAAUCUCGACUGGCCAAGCUGAACCUUUUCCCGUUGUCAUAUCGCAGAACUAGAGGGGACUUGAUUACAGUCUACAAAUUGCUUAGUGAUAAAUUUGCACCUAACAUGCCCUCAUUUUUCUUGUCUUCCAAAACAGAGAAUUUACGAGGACACUCCAAAAAAGUUCAUAAGCCGAGAACAAAUUACUUGUCAGCUGACUAUCGACUUUCCCAUCGAAUCAUCAACGAGUGGAAUUCACUACCUCAGCACGUGGUUGAGGCUCCAUCCGUCGACUCUUUCAAAAGAAAGUUGGAUCAACUGAGAGACCACCAUUGCCAGGACUAACAUAGGCCAUCGAGCCUCCUGUCCUUCCCAAACUGAAACUGAAACUGAAUUACAAUGGAUAUUCUUCUUUUACAUGAUUUAAAAACUUGUUUAGGUUUGAUUAAGGUUCAGAGGUUCUGAAUUCACAAUGCAUAUGGAAUAGAAACUCGUCUAUUGGGUUAGAGUUAGGUUUACGUGUAAGGUUAGGGUUAGGGUUAGUUGAGGGUUAAGGUUUAGGGUUAGGUGAGGGUUUAGGGUUAAGGUUAGAGUUUAGAGUUAGUUGAGGGUUUAGGGUUAGUUAGGGUUGGGGUUAGGUGAGGGUUUAGGGUUAAGGUUAGGUUUAAGUUUUAGGGUUAGGUGAGGGUUCAAGGUUAGGGUUUAGGGUUAGGUGAGGGUUUAGGGUUAAGGGUUAGGGUUAGUUGAGGGUUAAGGUUAGGGUUAGAGUUACGUGAGGGUUAGGGUUAGGAUGCUAACAUAGGAGUUUUUAAAUCAUGUUAAAGAAGAAUAUCCAUUGUAACUUAUUACUUUCUUUUAAUAUAUUUUUACUUUAUGCUGUCUUCUGAUUGACUAAUAAUUGAAAUUGCUCAAACGCUUCCGAUUGGCUCGUCCCUAAAUUAGAGUCUCGCCUUCCUAUCUGUUGUAACCUCUCAUUAAUCACCUACUCUCUAAAAUCUGCUGUGAACCGAUUGUAUGUUAGCAGCGCGUGUUGAACUUGGCUCCGUGACCUUGAAAUUGCUCAAACUCUUCUGAUUGGCUCGUCCCUAAAUUAGAGUCUCGCUGAAAAAACUACAAGUGUGGUAGAUUUCCAUUUUACUUUAUAAUUAAACCAACGAGAAAAAAAAGGUAUAUA